AUGAUGCAUCGUUUACAUCCAUCACCUAAUGAUAUAAUUUUAAAUUCAUCAGUAUUCACGACAGGAUCAAAAAGUGCAGAUAAAUGGGGCGUAAUACUUUAUUUUAAUAAUGGUACACGUUCCAAUUACUCACCAAACGUUUUAACAAUGUUCUUAAAAAAUUUAAAUGAACAUGAUGUAAAAGCUCAAUAUUCUUUUUUUUUCUUGGAUCAAAAUCAAGUAAAACACCCUAUUAUUCAUUCUGUACAAGAAUUUAAAACUUCGCAAAAAUCAUGGGGCACACAUUUAAACAAGACAAUACUCUUGACCAACCCCUAUGAAAUGAUGCCCGAUGAUGUUUUAACAUUAUGCAUUGAAGUCAUUGUCACUGAUGAUAAAGUCACGGUUCCAAAUGUUCCUUUUAACUCUUCAAAAAUCCAAAUAAUAGAAGACUUGAAGGAGCUUUAUAAUAACAGAGAAAGCAGCGAUGUCACCAUAAACAUUGAAAAUAAGCAAAUUAAAGCUCAUAAAGUUAUUCUAAUGGCUAGAAGUCCCGUAUUAGCUGCGAUGUUUACUCACGACAUGUCUGAAAAGAAGUCUAAUGAAGUAUUCAUAACAGAUAUCUCUCCUGAUAUCUUUGAAAAAUUACUUCAAUAUAUUUACACUGAUGAAGUUUCAGACCUGGAUUCAAUUGCUGCCGAUCUGUUGAAAGCUGCUGAUAAAUAUCAGCUGCAGUCGCUCAAAAAAAUGUGCGAAGAGUCACUCUGCAAAAAUUUAAAGCCAGACAAUCUUAUCUCGAUGAUGAAUUUUGCUGAACGUCACAAUGCUGAGAGUAUGUUGAAAUAUGUCAAUGAAUGUAUUGCACUUGAUGCUGAAAAUAUUACUCAGAGUAAUGAAUUCAAAAAACUCGAAAAGUCGUCCAUGGGAUUUGGAUUGUUUAGAACACUCUUGGCUUUGAAUGCUAACAAAACUAAUGAAAUUGUUUAUACUUCUUGA